GCGUGAUGCAGAGGGAACCAUAGAGCGCCGCUGGCUGGGGUAGAGCGGCACGGGCGGGGCGCGAUGGGCCAGCCCGGGAGGACCGGGCCCAUGGCGGGGAGCUGGGCGGCGGGAACGGGACCGGGCCCCGGCGGCCUGUCGCCUUCGCCGCCGGAGAUGAGGGUCCCCCCGCUGCCCGCCGCCGGCCGGAGCCGCUGACUCGGUGCCACCAUGGCCGCCUGCGGCUGGAACGCGCUGCUGGCCGCGGCCAGGCCCAGUUUCAGAGGCUCCCACCUCCUGGUGCGCUCCAGUCCUCCGUACGCUCCAGCGCUUGCUUUUGUCCCACUUGUGGAUUCCCAUCUAAACCGGACUUUGGUCAGAGACGCUGAGAAGCAGCGAUGGCUGCGCCGCGCACCGUCGGGCACCGGCCUGCGAUCGUUCCACGCGUCCGCCUGCUCGCGACAGCAGCCCCGGGCCGAGCCUCCGCCCCACCGAAGCGCCGUGAACCGGGACGCUAAACCCGCAAGGACUCCAGCAAAAAACAUCGUAGAGACUCCAGUGGGAACAAGGUCCUUGCGCCAACGGGUGGUGGAUGAGCUGAAACAUUAUUACAACGGGUUCCACUUGCUGUGGAUCGACACCAAGGUGGCCGCCAGGAUGGUGUGGAGGCUGCUGCACGGUCAGGUCCUCACUAGGAGGGAGAGGCGAAGGCUGCUGCGGACGUGCGCGGAUCUCUUCCGGCUGGUUCCCUUCCUCGUGUUCGUCAUCGUCCCCUUCAUGGAGUUCCUGUUACCCGUGUUCUUGAAGCUCUUCCCUGAAAUGCUGCCCUCAACGUUUGAGACAGAGUCAAAAAAGGAAGAGAAGCAGAAGAAGAAGCUCAGUGCAAAGCUGGAGUUAGCCAAGUUCCUGCAGGAGACCGUGGCAGAGAUGGCCAAAAGGAACAAGGCGGAUACAGGCCAAGGCAGACAGUUCUCCUCCUACGUGCACCAGAUCCGUCACACCGGCCACCGGCCCAGCACCCAGGAGAUCGUGCGCUUCUCCAAGCUGUUUGAGGACGAGCUGACCCUGGAGCACCUGGAGCGGCCGCAGCUCGUGGCUCUUUGCAAGUUGCUUGAGCUGCAGCCCAUCGGCACCAACAACCUGCUCCGCUUUCAGCUCCGGCUGAGGCUCAGAACCAUCAGGGCGGAUGAUGAAAUGAUCGCCAAGGAGGGAGUCGGCGGGCUGAGCGUGUCGGAGCUGCAGAGCGCCUGCAGGGCCCGGGGGAUGCGCUCGCUGGGGCUCUCGGAGGAGCAGCUCAAGGAGCAGCUCAGACAGUGGCUGGAUCUGCAUUUAAAAGAGAACGUUCCACCUUCUCUGCUCCUGCUUUCCCGUGCCUUGUACUUAAUAGAUGUGAAGCCACAGUCUGUUCCGGUUCCACAAAAUAAGGUAAGUGGAGCUGCUGAAGCGGUGACAUCCGUUCCCGGAGGGCGGGAGAUGCUGGUGGAUCCUGCCCCUGUCGUGCAGGGAAGAAAGAACGAAGAGUUUGUGUCUCAGACGACAGAGAAGUUGCCAACCCCAGAGAUGUCAGCUAAGCCUCCCCCACAAGAGACUAAACUGGAAGCGGCUCAGAGCAGCAAUGCCGGUGCCAACGGGGCUUAGGCUGGAGCCUGGGGACUGUCCUGUGCUGCGACAGGAGCUUUGGUGUCGGCCCUCCCGGGAAGGGACGGGCGGGUUUGCAGGGGCUGCUGCGCACACGAGGUGCCGGCGCCGCCGGGGCUCCGCGUCCGCUCCACGCUCGCUCCCCGGCCAGGCCAAGGCUGUCGCAGGGGCCCGCUCCCCACUUGGACUGGAUCCCCUGCCCCCACCAGUUCAACUUAUGCUGUAAAUACCUAAAUUAUGAUGCAACUGUCUGUGUUCCUACUGAUCAGGUGCUCUAAACCUUAGGAGAGGCAGCUCGUCACUGUCACAAAGGCCUGGGCGCAGGAUGAGUUAGGCUGCAAGCCCACUAAAGCCCGUUCUGCAGUUUGAAAUCCUCCGCAGGACCCUACCCACAUAUCCAGGGCUUGCAGCCCGCUCUGCUGCCAUGUUAAACUCAAGCUCUUGAUCCUAGUUAGCCCGGUUUAACCGAUAACCAGUGCACAGAAUGACCCGCGCAGCCCUUGCCUGAGCUGUCGCACCCGUACCGCGGUGGCCGGCGCUGCUCCGCGCGGCUGGGCUGAGCUGCUCGAAGGACUGGAGGGAUCGGAGCGGAGCAGCGCGGAGCAGGGACGGCGGGGGCGCCUGCGGCACCAGGACGGGCUGCACCCGCCAGACCACGCGGGUUUAGGGUCCGGCGGGUCGUGCAAGGCGCCCUGGGCACCUGCACACAUCUUUGGUUAAACCUUGCCAGGCGCGGACUCGCUGUAUUUACAAAGCGGUUCCUCGCACACCCCGGCGUUCACUAGUUUUUUGGUAGACUCGACUGAAAAGCUGGUUUUAACAUUUGUUAAUUUUUAUUUUUACUUUGUCCUAUGUAAAUAUCCAGAAGUGACUCACAUGAUGGGUUUUAAAUAUAUGUAUAUUUAUACUCACUGUAAAAUUAAAGUUAGACUUGGUGCUAAGCAGAACGAAACGUCUUUUCUAGAGGUCAGACAGCCUCUAGAGCAGGCGACUCAAAGAAGCCAGCUGGGUGUUACCUGCACUUUAAACGUGCGAUAGAGGCUCCUGCCUCUAUGCAGCAGCAGCUUGUGCAAUCGGCUCCCGUCCCGCGUCCUCAGCUGUUCCCGCACCCACAGCUCGUACGGCCAGGACGCAGCGCUGAAUAGUUGUGUUAAUCGGUGGUCGGUAAACGAGAAUAAACGUGAUGUCAAUAAAAUGUGCAUUUAGCAGAA